AUGAAGCAAAGUAGAUUUAAGCCAAAUAAAUAAUGUGAGUUUUUAAGUAUGAGCUAAUAAAUACAGAGUACCCUAUUAUAUUUUAUGAGAAAAAUUAUAUUCUAAUUACAGCUAAUUUAUUUAGUUUCUAUGGCUCUUUUUUGCAAUAUAGCUUAAUGCCAAUAAAAUAAGUAACUAAAUUCAAUGGAUUUGAUAAAUAAUUCUUAGUUUAUAGAGUUAGAUCCUGGUUAUUCGCUCGUAAUGAAUAUAGAUUUUACUUUCUACCUUAAAAUAGGUGAUACUUAUAAAUACGGAACUGAUUGGUCUUUAAGCCUUUGCUCAUUUUCUUCAAGCGCUCCAAGUAUUCCUGCAUCAAGUACAUAUUGUAAUUUGAGUGUAUGCAGCAAUGGAACAAGCUUACCUUUACCUAAAGUGUAUUUUGAUUAAGGGGUAUUUAUUUAUUAAGAAUAUAAAUUGAGAUUAUACAAUCAAUCUCCUAACUAAACAUAUAUAUUCCCAUAUAUUGCAUGUACUAAUGAGUAGUUUAUUUAGUAAUUCCCGCUUUAAGGAAACUAAAGGCUUCCAAUUACUUAUACUAAAGUAACUUCUUCUAGAGCUUAAUACGGAACCUCUAAGUUAUUUUUCUUUGUUUUAAACUAAAAUAAAUUACUGAAUUAUCUUCUACCAUUCAACAUGCCAACAGAUGGCCCAUUUUUCGACUAAGUUAAUCCUGAAAUAUCUUUUCCAGGUCCUCCUACCUACUCUUCUUAACCUUUUGAUACUACUUAUUGGCAAAAUAUAAAUACCGUUCUAAUACCUUAUAUCCCCUUUUUUUCUUUUUGCAAUGGAUUUGGUAGACAUAUUCUAUUAAAUGAAGUAUUUGAAUCAGUCUAAUAUUGUAACUUAAUUCCUCCUGAAAAUACUAAAACUGUGAAUUAUAUUCCUACAAUUGGGUUUGAUCCUGUAUCUGAUAGUUGCCAUGCAGAAAUAUAAUGCGAGUAUGAAGAAGAUUUUACAUAACAGUAUAAAGGAACACAGUGGUAUUUUCCAACAUCAGACACUGCAAUUUAUUUGUCAACUGAUCCUAUAACAAUCGAUUCUUUUAUACAAAACGAAAGUGAUCCUUCAGGAAUAUAUUAAUAAUAUAUAAUUAAUAAUGAUAUCUCACUUAUAGGAGUGCCUAUAACAGCUAAUAAUAUGGGAGUUUAAGGACAACAGCAUCCAUCAAAAGUUACAUUCAAUAUUAACUACAACUAAGUUGAUAGAUACACAAAAAGAAUUAUUUCAGCUAGCAUUGUUGUGUCAGACUAUGUGAAUAAUACUUCUGCUAGUGGUAAUAGUCCAGCACCUCCAAAUACUUAUACUUUAAUCAUAAAUUUCAAUCCUUUGAGUUAUGUUGAUUUGGUUAACUACUUUUAAUUUGGUUAGCUUGUUUAUGCAAUUUUGUUUAUUAUUUUAUCGCUUAUUCCUGUUCUUUGUGUCUUUUUAGUUUGGAUUUUUAAUAAUUUCAUCUCUCCAAAUAAGUACAAGCCACCUCUUAAAGUAUGGAAAACUAUUAAAAUUGCAUUUUGGCCAGCUUUUGAAGGAAACUUAUAUGGCAUUAUUCCUUCUAUAUUAGUUACAGCCUUUGUUUAUAUUCUAUAAAACAAUGGUACACUAUUUAGCAAUUCAAGUAUUUACUAUUAGUAUGAUUUUGGCACAGUGAGUAUCGAAUAAGCAAUAUAAAUAAAGAGAGGAAGAACUGGUCUUAUCCUCGGCAUAGUUGGUCUCUUUUUUAUUUAUUAUGGGUCUUGUCUUUUGAUUCCAACUCCAACAAAGGAAUAAGAAGAAACUAUUAAAAUAUUCUUAAAGAAAUAAAUUUAAGAUAAAAAUAAUAGGGAAUUAAAAGAUUUUAAUGAAUUUCAUACAAUGAAAAACUCUCGGUAAAACUCUCAAGAAGAUGAAGAAAAUGAUAAUAGUGAAAAAAAUAGUUAAAAUAGUUAAGAUGAUAAAGAAGAUAAUGAGGGAGAUAGUAUUCUUAACAAAAAAAAAUCAAAUUACAAUGAUGAUAAAAGCUCACACCAUAAAAAAAAAUCGUAAAAUGAAAGUCGCAAUCCUCUUAAUCAUAAAGAUGAAGACUAAGAUAAUUUAUUAGAUGGAGAUAAUGAUAAAUAAGAAUAAUAAGAGUCUCAAAAAAAUCUCAGUGGAGAGCAUGGACAUGAAGAUGAGGAAGAAAAAGAAAAGGAAGGAGAGGAGAGCGAUGAAGAGGAAGAAGAAGACUUUGAAAUCACUUAAGUUUUUAUUUUUAAGAGAUAUCAUUUCUUUGUAGUUUGCUUAAUUUCUUCAGUUGUAUUUUUGGCUUUAUUAGAAUUUUCAUACACUAGCUCAUUUACUCAAUAUAUAGAUGGUUAUAUAUUCCUCCUGUUCUUGAUUGAAGCCAUCUUUAUUACUAUAUUGCAAGAAUUUAUUUUAAAAGAAAGUUUGUUAGUUUACCCUAUAAGUGCAUCUCUAGAAACAAUUUAAUUCAUCAUGACUAUAGCAGCUUCCAACUUCAUAGAAUUUAUUAAGCUUUAUUUAAUUAGAAUGCUUGCUGUAAUAAUUUAUCGCUCCUACUUAGAUCCUGUAAUAGCAAACAAAUAAAUUUACAAGAUCAAGUUUAUUGAGAAAAUCCUUUCUUUUCAGAUUACUCACAGAGUACUUCCUCAUUCCUACAUAUAAAUUCUCUAAAAGCAUGUAAAACCAAAUGCAUUUGAAUAAAAUUUAAAAAAUUACAUGGGUAUAGCAGAUUAAAAUUAGAAUUUAUUAUCUGGAUCAAAAACACUUGAAUAAGUUUUAAAUUAAUUGCUUACUUAUGCUUCCAAGAUGCACUCAAUUUUUACCAAACCUUGUGCAUUAUUUUUGAUCUUAAUUUUCUCAUAAGAAAAUAUGAUUCCAGAUUAGUACUCUAUCAGAUAGCAAGAUUUUGUAAACUAUUUAAUUUUUGCCUCUAUAAUUAUAUUUCCAUAAAUUAUGAUUGAUGUGCUAGUCUUAAAUAGUUUGGAAGUACUUUACGGUAUCAAGCUUUACGAUUAUUUUUCAUAUUGUAAAUAUAAAUACGAUAAUAGAGGAGUAGCUUGGAUAGGUUAAAAUUAUGUUAAAGAUAAAACAAUUGAUAUAAAUUUUCGCUCUUUAGAUAACAUGUGCUUUUCUGUAUAAUUCUAUUUUGUUGGAUGCAUAACUAUUGCUGGAAUAAUCUUUCUAGUCAUGGGUAUAUCAGUAAUGAUAAGGUAGAAUUAUAUAUUCUUUUCUGAUCCUGCUAUUUAUGCUAUAUUCCCUUUCCUUUAUUUUGUGAUCAUGCCUUCAUAAAGGCUGCUCACUUGGAUUUGGCUAAAGAUUGAUAUAUGGAAACUGAAAGUUUAAGAUAAGAUAACUUAACCUUUGAGUAGCAUCGAAGAUGUCUUAAAUCAAGAGAGAGAUAGUAUUGAAUAGAUUAUGGAAGAAGAUGAAAUAAGAGAACAUUUCCUCAAGUGCAACAAAGAAUGGCUCAUUAAGAAUAUGAAAGAUUUUUUAACACCCGAGAGUUUCCUUGAAAAUAAUGAAUACUUGUUGAAUGAAGUGUAUAGACAAUUACUUGAUGACUAGAAAAAAGAAGAAAAAGAGAUUAGAAGAUAAUAGAUGCAGUAAAUUAAAAAAGAUUAAGAAGAAAAGAAAACCACAGAUAUUUCUAUAAAAAGAAAUGAUAGUAAUAAUGUAAAUGGAACUAUAGUUGCUAAUGAUAAAGAUGACAAUACAAUUUAUUUAUAUCCUGGAACUAAAGAGCACUCAGUUUUAGUCAAAAUAAUCUAAAUAUGGUACUACAGAGCUAAGUAGGUUUGCUUCUUAAAAAAUCUUGUUAAAAGCACUAAAGAGAGCAAACUGCAAAAUAAGUGUUAAAUUUGCGACAUUGACAUAGAGUUAAAUGUCAUCGAACUAGAAAACUUCAAUUAACUAAUAUAUUAGUUCAAAGUUAGAAAUGCAGCAAGACCUUUUAAUAAAUAUUAGUGGAUAAAUUUUUAUGAGAAAAACUAAAGGUUUUAAACUAUGUGCAUAGAUUGUGAAUACAAAAGAAAAAAAGCUUUUAGAAAAAAUAAUAACUUUAAAGUUGAUAACCACAACAAUAACAACAAUAUUUAAAAAUAAUAUAAUAGUGUUGAGAAAAAUAAUUUACAGAGAAUAAAUGAUUUAACUGAAGAAGAUAUUAAAGUAAUAAGAAAGAUUUUACUAUUUUGGUAUUAAUAAGCAAGAACUAACUUAAUCAUUAAAUAAUUAAAAGAAUGA